AUGCGUCCAGGGACUCCCGAGAGCAGAAGUAAUCCAUUCGGCGACGACAUCUCCCCAGCGCCCAGAGCGAAUCCCUUCUCUUCACCUUUUCCCUCACGACCGGCGUCUUCCUUCGGUUCCUCAUCUGCCGUUCGAGGACUGCCUUCCAGAUAUUUUCAUUCGAGACGAGUGCGAAAGGGGGAGGUCGAACAACCAUGGAGAAAAAACAAGGAUCCCAAGGAGAAAUGGGUCACAAUCAUUCCUUUGAUCGGUUUAGCAUUGGGUUUUGGUAUCGCAGGUUUCUUGAUCUAUGAUGGCCUCUCUUCCGUCGUACACCACAAAUACUGCCCAGUCUUGGAUGAGGAUUUCUCUGGUGGAUUGAAUCCCUCAAUAUGGACACAAGAAGCAGAAGUUGGUGGAUUCGGCAAUGGCGAGUUCGAGCAGACCACUUUGACCGACGAGAACGUCUUCGUUCAAGAUGGCACUCUUAUUAUCAAGCCUACCCUUCAAGAUGCUACUUUGAUGGAGCAAAACAAUGUGAUCAAUCUUACAGCCGAUGGUUCCUGCUCAUCCGACAUCUUGACCAACUGUGUUGCCGUCACCAAUCUCACUGCCGGAACAUAUGUCAACCCUGUCAAAUCUGGACGUAUCAACACCAAGGCCGGAGCAACCAUCAAGUACGGAAAGGUUGAGGUUACUGCUAAGCUGCCUGCUGGAGAUUGGCUGUGGCCCGCCAUCUGGAUGUUGCCUGUCAACGACACCUAUGGACCAUGGCCUCUAUCUGGUGAAAUCGAUAUUUGCGAGUCUCGUGGAAACAACCACACCUACGAACAAGGUGGAAACAACGUCGUCUCUUCCGCACUCCACUGGGGUCCCGACCCAGCAAACGACGCCUGGUGGCGCACCAACGUCAAGCGAUCCGCUCUCCACACUACCUACGCUGCCAAGGAACACACUUUCGGUAUGGAAUGGUCCCAGAAAUAUCUCUUCACCUACAUCGACAACUUGCUCCUCCAGGUCCUCUACACCAAUUUCAACAAGCCUCUCUGGCAAGUUGGUGACUUUCCCAUCUCGGACAGCAACGGUACCCGUCUCGUGGAUGUCUGGUCCCAAACCGGCCGCGACCAAACUCCCUUCGAUCAGGACUUCUACCUCAUCCUCAACGUUGCAGUGGGCGGAACCAACGGCUGGUUCGAGGAUGGCAAGAGCGGCAAGCCGUGGAUUGAUGCUUCUCUUUCUGCUCGAAAGGAUUUCUGGGAUGCGAGAGACACAUGGUAUCCAACCUGGACCGCAACAGGCGCUGGCCAGAUGGAGGUCUCCAGCGUGAAGAUGUGGAGCCAGUGUGAUGGCAAUGAGGCUCAGGAGGACUUGUGA